AAAACGUUCUGGUGCCCGUUGGUACAUGAUAGAUCAUUAGUUCGUCAUCAGCUGCUCUUGUCAAUGUCAUCAAUGUUGAGUGUGACUGUGAUUGAUGAUUUUGGCAUGUUUGCUUUUAAUGCAUCUUUUUCUACGAGCCAAUUGUUCAGAAGUUGAGCAAAAUGUGGCCAGCGAUGCAUAUGUAUUCAGGAAACUCCUUGAUCUGAUAGAGCCCAGAUCUACGAGUAGCAGCAAGUUCAUACCAGGACCAAAUGGUGAGCUGUGCAUACUAAGUGAUAGGCACAUGGAAGACCGACGGUAUGAGAAGCGUGACGAUCAAGGAUGGUGUUGUUGCGGUCUGUGCAAUGCAGGGUCCUACGCCAAGAAACUGUGUAAAUGUGGUGGACCAAACGGAAGCCCAACAGAAUUCACAGACUGUGUGGUUGUUAAACAGGGGAUCGAGUACAUGGAUAAGGCAAAUAAAUGCUCCCAGCCAUAUCUGUGCUCUUCCAGUUGUGGCAACCAUCAGAGAAAGGUGGCUGACUGUACAGCGAGAAUUGACAUAAAAUGCGAGUGUGUAGACGGCUGGUACAAUGCUUAUCCAUCGGAGGGCAGAACUGGUCCGAGAGAAUGUCGACCACUGCCACGCUGCCCUGCUGGUCAAGGCCAAGAACGUCGAGGCGGCGGUGAAACUGGAGAAAUUGUCUACACCUGCCAACAAUGCAGGGAAGGCCUUUUUCAACAAUUCAACAACAGCACAGCAACCUGCCAACCCCACAGAGUCUGCCUAGUCAAAGCAGGGUCUGCAGUCGCUGAUAGCGUCUGCGUUAAUGAUGAACUACAAGCUAACAUGUCGUCGAAUGCCACUGGGGAGCCCUACUUUCCAGAAUCUAAAGGAAUUGACACGACCACGGAAGUGACACAAACAGAACAGUCACAGAAAGAGACCAAAGGGUUGCCAACUGCGCCCCCUGACACUGGGAGCACACAGGAUGCUCCACUAAGCACUGAUGAGCGCAAACUUGAGUCAGAUAUUGGGAUGUGUCCAGCAAUGUACGUCACUAUCGGGGCAUGUGCUUUCAGCUUGGUGCUUUCCAUAAUCUUUGUUGCCUACUGUGUCUAUGUCAACAAGUAUAAAGGCCAGACAUACAGUUGUGCUCGUGUCCACUAUGAUCCCUGCAGACAACAAGUUGGAUUUCCUCCAAACUGACAAAAAAAGUUGGUAUUCAUCUUGAGUCAUUCCAUCCAUUAUUCUCUUCUGUCCAUCCAUAUUUGCCUUAGUUAGGGCCCGUCUCAAUUCAUAUCUGGGACAAGCUCCGGACAAGUUGCAGGUAGAAUCGUUCACUUUGUCCGCAAGCUCUGCAUUUGUCCUGGGCAUUUUCUAGGGAACUUUUCAUAAGCUAUUGCUUGACUUUGCAAGUCAGCGUUUAGAAUCCUGCGACUUAUACCCACUAACUUGUCUAGAACUCCUUCCGGAUGUAAACUGAUGAGACAGGCCCUUUAUUUCCAUGGCCUUGUUAAUCAGGGAGUAAGUCAGGGACGAGAUUUAUCAGAUUUUUUUCCCCAGAAUUCAGUAUUUUUUAUAUCCCUUCUGAAAUAUGUAACUCCUGAGAUUUUACCAUAAAAAGUUGUUAUUAAAUAUAUAAGUUCAUGUAGAACAAACGAAAAAGACCCUACGUUGUUCUGGGCCCUCGGCAGCCCCUAAACCUUCUGCCGAUUAUUUCAUGGAUUGUUCAUUUUCCCUAAAUCUCCUUCCAUAAGUUGAUGUAGAUUUGAAUCUAUUUCAAGACACUUGGCUUUAGAAUCGGGAAAAUAUAAAUUAAUUCAAAGUACUACAUGUACCUUUGGAGUUUGGGCCAAAAUAAAAUAUUUUUGGUUAAAAACAAAAUGCGUAAAUAAUUAUAUCAGCAUUCCACUUUUAUAUAGGAUUUGGUAGAACGUAUAAGGGGCUUGAACAAUUGUACAACCGUUUUCUUUUAAGGUGUACAUAGUAACAGAGUCUGAUAAGAAAUUUUUGAAAGUUUAUUUCAGUUUUUAUUAAGUGUAAGGCAUAGCAAUAUCAAAAUAAUCAAGGUACCAUUUAAUAUAAACUAGCUAUAUCUUUCCUUUUUAAUUUACAAAUUGUUGGCAGUUUCAUCAAACAAAAUUUGUAAAAUAUAGUUUAUAUAUUCUUAGCAUUUUAUAUACACAUUUUGUCUGAUAUUACUAGUACUACUGUUGAGUACUGCAUAUCUUAUCUUUCAGUGCAUUUUCAAGCAACCUACAAUGUUUUUCUACAAAUGAAAUCUACUUAUGGCCAACUCCGUAUCUGAAAUGUAUAUUUUGUCUUACCAAAAUUGUAUAAAUUAAAAAGUGCCUUGCACUAUCACUAAAAAUAUAAAAUGGCAAUAUAUGAAUUUUGAAAUAACUUUUUAAGUAUUUUUCUGUAAAUCUACCAGUAUUGUCAGCAUUUAGGUGUUCAAAGAUCAUGCUAGCCAUUUCAGAACAAACAUAAUUCAGUUAAGUGAUAUUUUUUAAGCUGCUUAUUUUAAGGCACAUUUUAUACACAGCAUUUAGUGACUGAACUGUCACGACUUAUUUUCCCGCUUUGUACUUUUAUAGCUUGUAAGGGAUGUGUCUUAAGCUUUUAAAACUGCAUUACUAUUUUAAAUUAUAAUAUUUUGAGUUAUAAAGGCUAAUAACCUCAAGCUCAUUUAUAUUUAUUGCCAAAGAUAUGCAAGCUUAAUUUGCAAUGUACUUUAUAUACAUGUACUUAGGUUUUUAGUCAAAUGUUAAUAAAAAAAAAAUGUUUUUGUUAUAUAAUUAUGGUGACUGAAAAAUAACGCAAUGUAGAAGCUAGAAGUUCACAUUAGAUUUUGAAAGAAAAUGUUUGAUUCUGUUUGGUUCUUAUUUUCUGCUUGAAAUACAAGACAGGGAAAUCAACUUACCGUAAUUUUCGGAAUCAAAGCCGUGGCUUAUACAUUAAUUUUGCCCAUGAAAAUGUUUACUACGGCUUAUACACAGGGCGGCUUAUACACUGAGCCUUGAAGAAUAAAAAUAAGAUUUAAAUGUGUAUUAAAUGCACUGGAAUAAGAAAAGAUCUGUUGCUGAAAUGAAUUAUCAAUCGUUACCAGACUUGAGGUACCAGAAAAUCAUUAACAAACAGUGGGCCGGGGACCGGCCGGGCCAGCCGGCAGCAACUCCCUGUGUUUAUUUUUCAUCGUCAAUUUCCAUAUUUUUUUUAACGAGUAUGGAACGUAAAUGUUUUGAUAUAACUUUUGUGGCCCUUUUUAUAGCUUUCGUAGUGCAAAUGGAACUGGUCCAGAGCUUUUUGACUUUAGAAUUUGGAGGCCUUACAAAAUUGAAACCGCCGUCGGUGCAGCUUAUACGUUCGUGCGGCUAAUAUGCAGACGUCAAAUUUUAUUUGCAGAUUUUUUCGUGCUGCGGCUUAUACUCCGUGCGGCCUAUAUUCCUAAAAUUACAGUAUUUACCAUUUACAAUGUUUCUUGACAUAAAUGCUACGGAAGUGGCUUAAUAAACAGCAUGUUUGUUGUGAGAAACA